AUGGAACGUCAGAAUUUUAGAAUUCCUGCUUGGGACAACUUUUCACAAGAUUAUGAGGAAACAGAGGCAGUCAGAAGCCCUAGGUUUCAUAUCAAAGACUUGCUUAGAGUGAAAGAGGAGUUGAAGUUAAAUGAACAAAGAGUCAACAAUAUUACAGUAGACCCCUCAUGCCCAAUGAUUCCAAUCUCUCCUAUGAGUAGAGCAGAACUCUCUACUCUCAAUAAUGAGGAUCAAAGAGUGAUGACUCGUAGAAGGAAAGGAAGGAGGAAUCAAAUUAAGAACCUAAAAAGAAUGAUACUCCAAAAGAAAAUUAGGAAGAAGAAUAAUAGGGUAAAAAGUCAGGACCAUAGAAAGGCUUUAAACAAAGGACCAGAUUUAUCAGGACAGAUCUUGGAAGCACACCAAGGUGCUAUAAUUAGUCUGAUGAAAGUCUUUUUGGGCCUCAAUAAAUAUUCGGCUCAGAAUUGUAGGAUUCCAGACUCUGCUGAAUUUAUUAAUAAAUUCAAACAUGAGAUAAGAAGAUUAGAGGAGUUUAGCAAAAACUUUUCCUCACCCAAGGGUUUAUUUCCAAAUGUCCCAGAUAUAGUCGAGAAUUUUAUCAAAAGCUUUUAUCGUUUGAGAUAUUUGCAUAAGCAAACUGGCAGAUUUAAGUCUUGCUUUAUUUCCCGCUGCAGAGACUCCAGUUGAUUCAGCAAAGAGAAAAUUGGGAAAAUAUGUAUCCGUGCUCAUGGAAAUCAGAGAUUAAGGAAUGAAGCAGAACCAAUUUCGUUCAAUCAGAUUUAUCAAAUAUUCAAACACAGAUUAAAUAAAGCUCAAAAGCACAUCCAAGACCUCGAGAAUGAGAUUAAAACUAAUAGUGAGAUACCCAACCUUGUGGAAGAAUUAAAGAAAAAACUCAAGAAAAGUGGAAUCAAAAAUGGAAACAGCUUAUUAUCGGAUGGUGAUGAGAUUACUCCACCGACUGAGGAGAACAAAGAAAUAUCUAAGGAAGUACAGGUGAGGCUUAAAUACCAUGAAGCCCGAAGAGCUAAGCCUAGAUCUUACCCUCCUUCUAUGAUCAACAAAAGAAAAAUAAAACAUUGUGGCCACUGCUGCCUUGGAUAUAAACAGAAGUGAUUCCUUGAGAGAUACUUCCACAAGCACCAUAACUUUCUUGAAGCACUUGAGAAGCUACUUGUUUGACCAAUAACGAUGGAAAUGAUUAAGAAGCCAACAAUCAUACCAUCAGGAAACCUUGUAGAAGAAAGUGUGGUGCAAAGAUUAAUAAAAGAUGGCAAGACGGAUCCAUUUAACAGAAGGCUGAGAUUGCAGAAAGUGAUACCAGACAGAUUUGCCUACGCUGUUCUAAAUUUAUUCAUCAAUAAUCAUAAAUUUUAG